AUGCCCAUCACUCGGAUGCGCAUGAGACCCUGGCUAGAGAUGCAGAUUAAUUCCAACCAAAUCCCAGGGCUGAUCUGGAUUAAUAAAGAGGAGAUGAUCUUCCAGAUCCCAUGGAAGCACGCUGCCAAGCAUGGCUGGGACAUCAACAAGGACGCCUGUCUAUUCCGGAGCUGGGCCAUUCAUACAGGCCGGUACAAAGUCGGGGAAAAGGAACCAGAUCCCAAGACAUGGAAGGCCAACUUCCGCUGUGCCAUGAACUCCCUGCCAGACAUUGAGGAGGUGAAGGACCAGAGCAGGAACAAAGGCAGCUCGGCUGUGCGGGUGUACCGGAUGCUCCCACCACUCGUCAAGAACCAGAGGAAAGAGAGAAAGUCCAAGUCCAGCCGAGAUGCUAAGAGCAAAGCCAAGAGGAAGUCGUACGGGGACUCCAGCCCUGAUACCCUCUCCGAUGGCCUCAGCAGCUCCACCCUGCCUGAUGACCACAGCAGCUACACAACACAGGGCUUCAUGGGGCAGGACCUGGAGAUCGAGCGGGCCCUUACUCCAGCUCUGUCACCAUGUGCCGUCACUAGCACGCUUCCCGACUGGCACAUCCCCAUGGAGAUGAUGCCCGACAGCACCAGCGACCUGUACAGAUUCCAGGUGUCGCCCAUGCCCUCCACCUCUGAAGCCACAACAGAUGAGGACGAGGAAGGGAAGCUGCCUGAGGACAUCAUGAAGCUCUUGGAGCAGGAGCAGUCGGACUGGCAGCCGACACAUGUGGAUGGGAAGGGGUACCUGCUCAACGAGCCCGGGGCCCAGUCCACCUCUGUCUAUGGAGACUUCUGCUGCAAGGAGGAGCCAGACAGCCUUGGGGGGGAUAUCGGACUGAGCCUACACCGCGUCUUUACGGACAACAUCUGGCUGGACAGCCUGCUGCCCCCAGUCCGGCUGCCCUCCAUCCAGGCCAUUCCUUGUGCGCCAUAA